GCAGGAACGCCGCGCACCGCCAGCCGCGGGGGGCGAGGGAUGGGGGAGGCACAAGAAGGGGGUGCCCGCAUGGAUUAGAGCCAACCGCGCUCUUCAAAAGGGUGACAGGGCUGUGCUUCCCUCCCGUGCCCCGGGAACUUCAAAGCGGCCCGCGCUGUUCCGACCGCCUAGCUCCGCUCUGGGACCUCGCAGCCCCGGCGCGGCCGCCUGGUGGCCAUGACCCGAGCGCUGUGCGCGGCGCUCCGCCAGGCUCUCCUGCUGCUCGCCACCGCCGCCGCGCUCUCGACAGGAUUGAAGUGUGUAUGUCUUUUGUGUGACUCUUCAAACUUUACCUGCCAAACCGAGGGAGCAUGCUGGGCGUCAGUUAUGCUGGCCAAUGGAAAAGAGCAGGUGAUCAAGUCCUGCGUCUCUCUCCCAGAACUCAAUGCUCAAGUCUUCUGUCAUAGUUCCAACAAUGUUACCAAAACGGAGUGCUGCUUCACAGACUUUUGCAACAACAUAACCCUGCACCUUCCAACAGCAUCUCCAAAUGCCCCCAAACUCGGACCCAUGGAGCUGACCGUUGUUAUUACUGUGCCACUUUGCCUCCUGUCCAUGGCAGCCGUGCUGACGAUCUGGGCAUGCCAAGGUCGACCAUGCACAAACAGGAAGAAAAAGAGACAGAAUGUGGAGGAACCCCUCUCUGAGUGCAAUCUGGUAAAUGCUGGAAAAACUCUAAAAGAUCUGAUUUACGAUGUGACUGCCUCUGGAUCUGGCUCUGGUCUACCUCUGUUGGUUCAAAGAACAAUUGCAAGGACCAUCGUACUUCAGGAGAUAGUGGGAAAAGGUAGAUUUGGUGAGGUCUGGCAUGGAAGAUGGUGUGGGGAAGAUGUGGCUGUAAAAAUCUUCUCCUCCAGAGAUGAAAGAUCUUGGUUUCGAGAGGCAGAAAUUUAUCAGACGGUUAUGCUGAGACAUGAAAACAUACUUGGUUUCAUUGCUGCUGACAACAAAGAUAAUGGAACUUGGACUCAACUUUGGCUUGUCUCCGAAUACCAUGAACUGGGUUCCUUAUAUGACUAUUUGAAUAGAAACAUAGUGACUGUGGCUGGCAUGGUCAAACUGGCCCUUUCGAUAGCUAGUGGUCUGGCCCACCUACAUAUGGAAAUUGUUGGCACACAAGGUAAACCUGCUAUUGCUCAUCGAGAUAUAAAAUCAAAGAAUAUCUUAGUGAAAAAAUGUGAAACUUGUGCCAUAGCCGACUUGGGGCUGGCUGUGAAGCAUGAUUCGGUACUGAACACAAUUGACAUACCUCAGAACCCUAAAGUGGGAACCAAAAGGUAUAUGGCUCCUGAAAUGCUUGAUGAUACAAUGAAUGUGAAUAUCUUUGAGUCCUUCAAACGAGCUGACAUCUAUUCUGUUGGUCUGGUUUAUUGGGAAAUAGCACGAAGGUGUUCAGUUGGAGGAAUUGUUGAGGAGUACCAGUUGCCUUAUUAUGACAUGGUGCCUUCAGAUCCCUCAAUAGAGGAAAUGAGGAAGGUUGUUUGUGACCAGAAGUUUCGACCAAGUAUCCCAAACCAGUGGCAAAGCUGUGAAGCACUCCGAGUUAUGGGGAGAAUAAUGCGGGAGUGUUGGUAUGCCAAUGGGGCAGCCCGCCUAACGGCCCUUCGUAUUAAGAAGACUAUCUCUCAACUUUGUGUCAAAGAAGACUGCAAAGCCUAAUGAUGAUAAUUGUGUAAAAAAGAAAUCUCUCACAGCUUUUUUUUUCUCAUUUUCCCUCUUUAUGUGAAUGUUUUUGCUUUUUUGUUGUUGUUGUUCUACCUCAAAGAUAAUGCAGUACAGUAUUUAAGAGCCCAAAGACAGCAUGGGAAAAAUAACUCUGAAGUCAAGCACAGGCCCGAAUUGACUUCAUUCCCAUCUCCAUGUUGUCUUUAAUUUUAUUUUGAAAAGCAACACAUCAAUUCAUCUUUUUAUUUAAUAAGAAAGAUAGUACAAAAAUGUAAAAUAAGCUAUAUAAAAAUAAUACAAGUCAUUAAUGUUUUAUUUUACUUGAAUCAAGAGCACAUGAAUGAAGAAAAAGAAAUGUGAAAGCAUUUUUUUUCUGAGAUGAAAACACUUUCAUUAAAAAAUGUGAACUAGAGCAUGUGGUAGCUCAGCAGAACUUUAGAUUGUAUAAUUUGC